UUGACUAAGAUGGCUGCCCCGGGUGUUCGUCAAGUGGCGACAGGCCUCUCAACGUGCGCGCCAGAGAGACGGGACAGAGAGGAUGGCGCUACCCGCGUCUCAGCGACGAGCCGAGGACGUGGUUCAAUACCGGGUCUUCUUCCUCACUCCCCACGGCGGCCAGGGGGACCCCCCGCCGCGAGAGACCGAGGCGGAGCUGCGAGGCUGCCUCGAGCGAGUCCGGGCCGCCGUCGCCCCGCUCGUGUGCGGCUACAUUUGGCAGGAGCAGCGGUUCGCGCUGAGGGUCCGGCCCGGCCGAGAUGGGAUUCCCGCGCACCUCUAUGGCCAGACGACCUUCGGUGACAACGUGGAAGAUGAGUGGUUUGUGGUCUUCCUGGUGCGGGAGAUCACACGUCUCAUCCCGGAGGCCGUCGCAUGGCUCGAGGACACGGACGGGCAGUUCCUGCUCAUUGAGGCCGCCCACCACCUGCCUCGCUGGCUCAACCCGGACACCAGUGAGAACCGGGUGUUCUUCUACCGCGGGGAGCUCCACAUCCUGCCGCUGCCUCGCACACCGGGGGACGUUGGGCGCCUGCCGGUGGGGACCCCCAGCGUGGAGAGUGCCCUGGCGCUGCUGGCGCACCGCGGCCACGACUUCCUGGCAGACGAGCCCAUAAGACGCGCCGUCGGCAAACGGAUCGACGGGUACCCAGGCAGGGCGCGGGAGAGCGAGCACCGCGCGCGCUGCCUGCUGCCGCUGGGCGUGGCGGCCGUGCUGCGCCGUCGGCCCGAUCUCGUGGCCCCCGCCGUGCGGGCGUUCUACCUGCGCGAGCCCGGCGACCUGCGUGCCUGCCGCUCGUUCCGCACCUUCCCUCCUGGCGCCAGCGUCCUCGCGCUGGUGACGUUCACGCGAUGCCUCUACGCGCAGCUUUCUCAGCAGCGCUUCGAUCCGGACCGGCGCAGCGGCUUCCAGCUGCCGCCACCCUCCGACCCCACGUAUCGGGCGCACAGCCUGGGCAUGAAGCUGGCUCAUGGGUUUGAGAUCCUCUGCGCGCGCUGCGCACUCCCGCCCGGCGACACCGGCUCAGAGCGGCCGGUCUCCUCGGACCCACGAUGGCAAACCUUCCGUCAGAGCCUGGUCGACGCCGGCUACUUCAAGGGGGAGCUGCAGGGCUCUCGGAGACACCGGGAGCUGCUGCAAGCUGCAGAGACGUACUUCACCCAGUCGCUCAGCGAGCCGGCCAGGUGUAGUGAUGAGGUGCAGCCGGGUGAGGAGGUGCUGUUGGUGCUUCGCGAGGCGACGUUGAGCGAGGAAGAGCUGAAGCGUGAGGAGGAGACGCUGCCCCCUGAUGAUGAUGACAGCUGGAUGGAUCUCACCCCCGACCAGCUGGAUCACAUGCUGGAGGAGAAGGAAGCCUCGUGCAAACAGAUGAACGGACGCGGCGGGGCCAGAGAGCGCAAGCAGAAGGAGCGCAACGAAGUCCCGGGGGAAGAGCCUCGGGGCGAGGACAGCUACGACCUCUCAGCGGUGGCCUCCAGCAUGAAGGCCUUCAUCAGCAAGGUGUCCAGCCUCGAGGGAGCCGAGUUGCCAAGCCUCGAAGACGAACGCCCCGUUCGGCUGGACGUUGACUCCUUCAUGGCCGCACUUCACAAGUUGACGGGCCCCGUGAUGAACGAGGAGGGCGCCGAUCGGUCAGGCUCGGAUGACGGGGCCAGCGAUGACGGUGACGAUGACGACGAUGACCUCGACUGGGAUGACUGUGACGAUGCCGAGGAGUGGGAGGGUGAUGAUGGCGGUGCUGGAGGAGGCGGCGUGACGGGGCUGAACGAUCUGAAGGGCCUGCGCGACUACAUGGAGCAGAUGGACCGUGAGCUGGCUGCUACCAACGUGGGGAAGAGCUUUGAGCGGCAGCCGCCUGCACAGCAACAGAGACGGGGGACCGUGGGAGGCCCCGCCGGGGUGCACCACGGCCAGCCGCACACCGGAACGGCUCGUGGUCCUGGCGACCACCGCGACGCCAGCGACAACCCCCGGGCCGCGUCGUCCGCCGGCGCGGACGAUCUCCGUCCCGUCGACGUGGACCUCAACCUGGUAAGGAACCUGCUGGAGUCAUUCAGCUCCCAGGACGGCCUGGCCGGCCCCGCCUCCACGCUCUUGCACAGCAUGGGCCUGCGGCUGCCCCACGAUUCGCGCGACGACGACUCGUCGUAGCACCACUGCCGCCGCUGCUGGCAGCGGAUCAGCCCGGGGUUCGGCCGGACUGCAGAGGUUGGAGCGGUUUGUCUGUGUCGUGCGCAAGAGUUUGAUCGAUGGAGUGCGUGUGAAUUACUGAUAUGGCCAGUCGUGCAAGAGACCAAACCAUCGCACAUGCUGCUGGCGUUAAUCGGAGCUCGGGAACUUUAGCGUUGGUGCCGUCGUGGUUAACGCACUGUGCACUGUACUUGGCGUCCCGAGUUCAAUUCCCGGCCACGGCUGACAUCAACGGCGAGCGAUAUCUGCACUUGUCCUGGGCUCCUCUGUCCCGUCUUUUCAUCUUCCCCAACCCACAUAACCAGCGUGGUGACGUCUGGUUAAGCAAGACCAACGUGGCAUGGGGAGGCCUUCAUCCAGCAGUGGAUUAAACAAAAGGCGUGUAAAUUGUUAUAAUUUUUCAAACUACAAUCCGACACGGUCGACCCCGCGUUUACCACUUUUCUUCAGUUAAAUACAAAAUUACGCCGUUACACACUGCACACUCCUGAUCAUCGCUAAGCACGGCUCUCGUAGAAAGCGCGAUUCAAUUUCUCACCACCAGGCCAAGUAGGAUACACAAGGGGGGAUGUCAUUGGUAUCAAGAAUUGAAAUAUCCAGCCGGCUCCCAUAACUGACACUAUGACUUGUUGACAAAUACUGAUGGCCAGGAGCAAACGGGGAACGCCAGAUGAACUUGCCACCAAGACCAGUGAGGAAUAUACUGGAAUUAAAUGCAUCGGUUAUUAACCCGUUCCCAUUCCUAUGUUGUACGUGUACAUACAAAUACGUCAUCAGUUUUUCUUUGAUUCCGUUCUGGAAUAAAAACCAAAAUAACUUUAUCGGUACCAAGGCUCCCACAAGGCCAUGCGGGAGGGCGUGCGGCACAGUAUGGCGCCAGCUAUCAUUGAGUGUGGUUGUGUCGCUACAGUUCUCUGUGGUGAAUACAAUGUCUUGAAAAACAACGGCGCAAUGCCUCUCUAAAUAAACUUAACGCGAACCGCUUGCGUGUUCUGAGAUUCAGCGGUGAAUGGGACACGCACCCUGCAACUUGCAGAUGUCUCAGAACGGGAAAGGGUUAAUGUGCGUCAUCGAGCUGAUGAGUGUGCGGUCCAGUGUUUACAAAGAGAUGCUGUGUGCACUUGAGAAUCGAGCAACCGUUCCCUUCGCUAAGUGCCACCACUGGUGUAAUGUACGCGAUGCAAUGUAUACAGAUGUAUGUAAAUGUUACUUGUGUAAUGGUUGCUUUCGUUUUAUGUAUACAUUUAUUACAUUGCUUUGCUUGUGGUGUCCAGUGUAUCCGAAUGCCGGACGACAGCAUCGUGUCGUGUAAGCGGCAAUGUGUUUUGUUGUGUAUUAUCACGAACUCUGGAACCUUUGUAAAUGCAUUCUGCUGGAAAAUACAUAUUUUUUCAAAGCAGUUUUUCGGCUGAAGU